CCAUAUUAUAUUUCGUUUAGAUUUUACUUCUUCUCGACAGCAGUGGCGAGCUUCAAUGGAAGUUUCUUUACUUGCAUAGACUAGACAUCUAUAGAUUGUAGAAUCCCCUGUUUUGGCGGAAGGCCACAGUCCUCUUAGGGAAGUAUCGUAAAUGAGUUUGAUUUGGACACUUUUGUUGUUGUCUCUCUAUUGUGGCAUUUUCCCUCUUGGGUUAGGCAAAAACAUUUCGUCAAGACCAUCAGUCGUGAAUAUUGGAGCUAUUUUCUCGUUUGAUUCUACCAUUGGAAAAGUUGCCAAGAUUGCCAUAGAAGAAGCUGUGAAAGAUGUGAAUGCUGAUCCCACCAUUCUUCCUGGAACCAACCUUUGGUUACAAAUGCAGAAUUCCAACUGUAGUGGGUUUCUGGGCAUGGUUGAAGUUUUGCAACUCAUGGAGAAUGACACCGUUGCCAUCUUAGGCCCUCAAUCUUCUGUGGUUGCCCACAUUUCAUCGCAAGUUGCAACUGAGUUCCAAGUUCCUCUAGUCUCAUUUGCAGCCACAGAUCCUACUCUCUCUGCCCUUCAAUUUCCCUUCUUUGUGAGGACCGCACAGAGUGAUUUGUUUCAAAUGUCUGCAGUCGCUGAGAUUGUUGAGUAUUAUGGUUGGAAGGAGGUUAUUGCCAUAUACAUCGAUGAUGAUUAUGGGUGGAAUGGUAUUGCAACAUUGGGUGAUAAACUUGCUGAAAAGCGUUGUAAAAUCACAUAUAAGUUGGGUAUUAGUCCAGAAUCUGGGGUUGAUCGAGCCCAAGUUAUGGAUCAACUUGUUAAGGUUGCACUUAUGGAAUCUAGAGUUAUGGUUCUCCACGUGAACCCCACAUUAGGCACUUUAGUCUUUUCAGUGGCUAAAUACCUUCAAAUGGUGGGCAAUGGAUAUGUAUGGAUAACAACUGAUUGGCUUUCGUCUUUAUUAGACAGUGUUGUUCCUUUCUCUCUUGAGACCAUGGAGAUGAUGCAAGGAGUUCUUUCUUUACGCCAGCACACAGCAGAUUCAGAUAAAAAGAGAGCUUUUCUUUCCAGGUGGAAUAAGUUAACUGGUGGCUCUUUGGGUCUGAAUUCUUAUGGUCUAUAUGCUUAUGACUCUGUUUGGGUGGUUGCUCGUGCCAUCCACGAAUUUUUGAAUCAAGGUGGGGUCAUUACACAUUCUAAUAAUUCCAGGCUGCAUCUUGGUGAAAGCGGUAAUCUUCAUCUUGAAGCCAUGACUAUCUUUGAUGGUGGAAAUCAACUGCUGAAUAAUAUAUUGCAGAGUGACUUUGUUGGUUUGACUGGUGCCAUUAAGUUUGAUCAUGAUAGAUCCCUUGUUCAUCCUGCAUAUGAUAUAAUUAAUGUCAUUGGGACUGGAUCAAGAAGGGUCGGUUACUGGUCCAACUACUCUGGUUUAUCAAUUGAUGCACCGGAGACACUCUAUUCCAAACCACCCAAUCGCUCACACGCAAAUCAGAAGCUGUACGAGGUUAUAUGGCCAGGAAAUACAAUAGAAAAGCCUCGAGGAUGGGUAUUCCCAAACAAUGGGAAGCUACUAAACAUUGGAGUGCCACUUCGGGUCAGUUACAAGGAGUUUGUAACACAAGUCAAAGGGGUCGACAAUUUCCAAGGUUUCUGCAUUGAUGUGUUUACAGCUGCUGUAAAUUUAUUACCUUAUGCUGUCCCGCACCGAUUUAUAGCCUUUGGAGAUGGCCACCAGAAUCCAAAUUACACAGAACUUGUGUACCGGAUCACAACUGGCAAAUUUGAUGCUGUUGUAGGAGACAUAGCCAUUGUCACAAGCCGUACAAAGCUUGUGGAUUUUACUCUGCCAUAUACUGCUUCUGGACUAGUUGUUGUGGCCCCAUUCAAAAAACUGAACACUGGUGCUUGGGCCUUCCUGCAUCCAUUUUCUCCAGCCAUGUGGAUGGUCACUGCUAGUUUCUUCAUAUUUAUUGGAAUAGUCGUCUGGAUUUUGGAGCACAGGACGAACGACGAAUUCAGAGGCCCACCUAAAAGACAAUGCAUCACAAUUUUAUGGUUUAGCUUCUCAACUCUAUUUUUUGCCCAUAAGGAGAACACAAUUAGCACUCUUGGCCGCCUAGUGCUGAUCAUAUGGCUCUUCGUGGUUUUGAUAGUAAAUUCUAGCUACACUGCUAGUUUAACAUCCAUUCUCACUGUGCAGCGGCUAUAUUCUCCGAUCACAGGUAUUGAAACCUUGAGAGUAGGUGACGAACCGAUAGGUUUCCAAGUUGGAUCUUUUGCUGAACGUUAUUUGCGUGAGGAGCUCAACAUAUCUAAAUCUAGGCUUCGGUCUCUUGGAUCACCCGAAGAAUAUACCAAGGCACUUGAGCUUGGCCCUAAGAGGGGAGGUGUUGCUGCCAUAGUUGAUGAACUUCUAUAUAUUGAGAGUUUCCUCUCGAGACAGUGCACAUUCAGAAUUGUUGGUCAAGAGUUCACAAAAAGUGGCUGGGGUUUCGCAUUCCCGCGGGACUCUCCCUUGGCCAUAGACUUGUCAACUGCCAUUUUGCAGCUGUCAGAGAAUGGCGAUCUGCAACGGAUUCAUGACAAAUGGCUUGUGAAAAGCAGCUGCAGCACGGACGAUCUUGAAUCAGACCGGCUUCAACUUAAGAGCUUCUGGGGCCUCUUUCUAAUCUGUGGGAUUGUUUGCUUCAUCGCCCUUGCCAUAUACUGCUAUCAGGUUAUUCGUCAGCUGUACCGUUCCGAUUCAAAAGAUCCUAAUUUGUCUAGCAGUAGCGGAUCACGUUCAAACCGUCUCCGACGAAUUAUAUCAUUGUUGGAUGAGAAGAAAGAACCUUCUAAAAGGGAAAGCAAGCGAAGGAAAGUUGAGAAAUCAUCUGAAAACGAUAAGUAUGAUGAUCACUUGGAGGUAAAUCCUUAAGAAGUUGGCGAACAGAUAUUGAAGCAACCAACCAGGUUUUGUUAACGUCUUGUGUAACUGUAUAAUUGAGCUAUCAGUUUCUUUAGGAUUAGAAAAAUAUAAGUGCACUUGUCAAGUUUGGGAAACUCUUGCCUUCUGCUAAAGCUAAAGCAUGUCGAAGGGAAAAUAAUCAUGUAUAGCCUUGUUUAAAUGCACAUCAUUUUUCUUGUUCC